GUUUAUUGGAAGAUGGAGGGUAACGAGUCUGGCGCAAAAGAUUCGGAAUGUAAAAAGAAGAGUGGUGAAAAGAAGAGAGCUGGCCCUAGGAAAAGAAAAAUCAAUUGGGAUGACCAGGAAUUAUUAUCAUGUAUGGAGAUCAAGAGACAAAGGUUGGCCAAGAUCCUAAGAAAAAUCAGCAUUCUAUAUACAGAAUCUGUAAACUUCAACACCUCCUGCCCUUUUUAAGAUAGACUUAGUCAAGUUCUCGAAGCUAUCUUUGAAGGAAAGAAAGAUUGUGAGAAAACUUGUGGUGAUCCUCGCUCUUGAUUGGAAAGGAAAAUUGCCUUCUUGAUCAGAAGUGUUAUAUGACCUUGACAUUGAAGUAAAAAUUCCAAUCACGAGGAAGACUAUUGACAAAUUUAUAGGAAAUUGCGAUAAAAAUCUGCUAAAAGAAUGCAAGAAAACAGAUAUUAAACAAUUUCUGAACUCUCCAGACAAUUCUGUUCUAAAAUAAUCCUAGUAAAGCUCCUUUUACUAAUGGUACAAAUGAAGAUGACUUUAUUGACAAAAAAUGGCCUGAUCCAGAUUUUCUUAAUGUUGACGAUAAAGAUACUUUCUAUCGGCUUGAAGGAGAGGAAGAUCUAUCUUAUUGUCAUCAAGACCCAUCCAUCUCAACUACUAACAAUGAAGUCCAAAUCCAAGCUGAAGGCCCACCUAUAAUAUCUUAUGACCCAGCCGACUUAGUUACUUUGUUUAAAUCUCCAAACUCCGAAGAAUACUCAUGGCUCCAAAAAUACUUUGCUGACAAAUUACUAUUGACUGACAAGAUCAUUGCCAGUGUGGGCAGCCUGCUUGAAGAUAACGAUUCGCUCAGAUUUCUAAGAAUGGUUUUUGAAGUCUUCCUAUUGGACAAGAUUUCUCAAUUAGGAAGCAAGAGAAGGAAGGAAAAAGAUGGAAAAACUAGGAAAAAUAGAAAAGAUAAGAAAACUAAGCAGAGGAGAAAGAAGAGAGAUGAGAAAGCUGAACAGAAGGCUAAGGAGGAGUAUAUGGAAGAUGGUGGCGUGAGCUCUAGGGAGGAAACUAAAGAAGAGAGCAUGAAUGAGGAGGCCGAGAAGCCUCCUAUUCCCAAUCCAAGAAAUGCUACCUCCCUCAUAAGAAAAUCCCCAAAAGAACUUUAUGGAGCUAUUAAAGUGGCAGUGAGGUACCUAAAGCUAACAAGCAAAGAUAUAGGUCUUCUCAACAGGCUAAAGGCUGAACAGAAAUGUGCUAUUACUAUGAUCCUCUUCAUAGUACUCUUCAAUGAUGAGCUUGAUGAAGAGCAUAAGAUUCUGAUACCUACAGAUGAAGCUUCAUUUGAAAUCCUUCUCAAUCACUUUGGAAGAUUCUUUCAAGGAUUCGGCAAAGGAAAUAAUAAAAGCUCUAAAGAUACAGAUGAGAAAGCUAAAGAGGAAGCUAAAGAGGAAACUAAAGAGGAAACAAAGGAGAAUACAAAGGAGGAUACAGAGGAGGAUACAAAGGAGAAUACAAAGGAGGAUACAGAGGAGGAUACAAAGGAGGAUACAAAGAAACAGGCAAAGAAACAGGCAAAGAAACAGACAAAGAAACAGACAAAGAAACAGACAAACAAGCAAGCAAAGAAGAAGACUAAGGGACAGGCAAAGAAGCAGGCAAAGAAGCAGGCAAAGAAGCAGACAAAGAAGCAGACAAAGAAGAAGACAAAAGCGCCGGCAAAGGAGUCCGAGAACAAUAUGAAUAAAACUGGAACCAGGGAUUAUGCUUGAUUUAGUAUGUCAAAUCCGUUUGGCAUUUCAUUAUUAAGUGUUGCACUGAAAUUCCUGGAGUCUCAAAGAUUCUAAACAAUGGCUGAUUUCAAGAACUUGAACAUUUUCUGUGCUUCAAUACCCUCUUCAUAAAGUUAUAGGGUAUUCGAGAUAAGCAAAGUCAAUGGUCAAGAAAAAUAGAUACUACUGAGACAAACUACUCUCAUAAAUCAUUUAAUAUUUGAGUUAAAAGU